AGGUGGUCCUUGUUUUGAUGACACAACCACGGCUAGUCAAUGGAGUCAAGCGGUCAGAGGGAACGAGGCCAUAACAGAUUUAAAGUUUAUUUUCUCUUAAAAUAACCACCGGGAGGAGAUACGUGUUAUUUUGAUAACCAUGGCCGUCAGGGAGUAGUUUUACUCCCAACUACGUGGCACGUCUGCAGCCGAAGGGUCGUGGCAACGUAACGGCCUACGUGCGCUAGUUAGCUAACUUGUUAGCUAGAUAUUUCUUUUUCUCCUUCAGUAGAUUGUCAGCAGUGUGACUUUUUGUUUCAUUUUGGUACUGCAUCUGAUCCUUUUCUUUCAAGAGGACAUUUUACAACAAUGGCGGAACAAGGUUCGGUGGUCUCCCAACAAAAUUUGGACAGGAGCUGCUGGGUGUGCUUCGCCACAGACGAGGACGACCGCACGGCAGAGUGGGUGCGGCCUUGUCGAUGCCGUGGCUCAACAAAGUGGGUUCACCAGGCCUGCCUGCAACGCUGGGUGGAUGAAAAACAGCGAGGCAACAGCACAGCGAGAGUCGCUUGUCCACAGUGCAAUGCAGAAUACCUCAUUGUAUUUCCAAAACUAGGUCCUGUCGUUUAUGUGCUGGAUCUGGCUGACCGGCUUAUCUCCAAGGCUGGGCCAUUCGCUGCAGCCGGUAUCAUGGUGGGCUCCAUCUACUGGACCGCUGUCACCUACGGAGCGGUCACGGUCAUGCAGGUGGUGGGCCAUAAGGAGGGCCUGGAUGUCAUGGAGCGGGCUGACCCUCUCUUCCUGCUCAUUGGACUGCCCACCAUCCCCGUCAUGCUGAUCCUCGGGAAGAUGAUCCGCUGGGAGGACUACGUCCUGCGUCUGUGGAGGAAGUACUCGAACAAACUGCAGAUCUUUGACAAAAUCUUCCCAGGUAUCGGCUGCCCGGUGCCGCGGAUCCCUGCAGAGGCCAGCCCCCUGGCCGACCACGUCUCCGCCACGCGGAUCCUGUGCGGUGCUCUGGUCUUCCCCACCAUCGCCACCAUCGUCGGGAAGCUCAUGUUCAGCAGCGUCAACUCCAACCUACAGAGGACCAUUCUGGGAGGCAUCGCGUUUGUGGCCAUCAAAGGGGCGUUUAAGGUGUACUUCAAACAGCAGCAGUACCUGAGGCAAGCCCACCGCAAGAUCCUCAACUUCCCCGAGCAGGAGGAGGCCUGAGGCGGUGGCGCAGUCAGGAGGGCAUGAACUGCUGUCAGUGAGGAUGCAGCGCUGAUGAAGCUGAGAAUCAGCGUCACCCUUACUGCAUCGCCCUCUCAGCUGUUCCUACGGAGAUCCGUGGUGGACCUCCACGCAGGGAUCCCACACCAACACCGCCAUCGCUGCGCGCUGCUUUCUGUGUGUGGACGAUGGACAACAGACAAACUGCAGCAUGCUUGCAGUCAGUGUGCCGCUAUAAACACACACAGGAUGUGCUUCAAUCACAUAAACAGCUCCUGCUAACUAGCUGUGUUUUGAAUAAACAUACAGGGCAUGUGUAAUCAGAACAUUUUAUAAGGAUAUUAAUAAUUGAUGGUUUUAUGUUCGGAGACAUCCCCUCUGCCCCCAUUAGGGUUCACAUAGAAGACACCAGUGUGUCCAGAUGAUUAACCAGUAAAUAAAUGGAAAAGCCUCCCCAUAAAUUACCAGGAAACAUUUAAAGAACCUGUCUGGACUUUGACCCAUAAAGAACUGACCAGAAACUAACGGCGGUGUUAUAAAAUAGAAAUAUAUUUUAGUUGCGAUUUCUGUGUUUUUGUUUAGCUUUGCUUUCAUCUGCUUAUUUUCCAACCUGUGAUGGGUUGGAACCCUCCACGGCUGUCACUGCGCUCCGGUUCUGAUGAACCCACUGCAGGGAGACCGCCUCGGCCUGAAGAAGUGGUCCUACCAGAACGCGGGAAUGGCUCUGCUGGGACACACUAAAACUUGCUUGUGAUCUGGUAACACAUCCGUCUGGACUUUUCAGGGACAGUUUGUGAUGAGGCGGUUCUGUUGUAGUUCUGGUCAGAAUGGGUUUGCAGUAAUUAUGUACGAACACAGCGUUUUGCACAUGUGGUCAUUUCCCUAAAAACUUCAAUAUAUUUUAUGUUACAGACUGAAAGUUCGAACAGAAUGAUGAUUUUUGAAGACAGGCAUGCCCACAGCAUGAUUCUCCCAACACCAUGCUUCAAUGUGGGAAUAGUGUGUUCAGGGUACAAGAGUCCAAAAAGUUUAAAGUCUCAUCUGACCUUCCACCUGUUUGCUGUGUUCCCUGCAUGACUCGUGACAAACCGAACUUUGUGUGGAUUUGUUCUUGGCACACUUCCUUAAAGGCCACAUUUUGUGGAGUAAAUAGUGGACCUGUGGACAGAUUCUCCCACCUAAGCUGUGGAAAUUUGCAGCUCCUCCAGAGUCAUCAUGGGCCUCUUGGCUGUUUUUUUUUUUUUUUUUUUUCCUUAUUCAUGCUCUUCUCUCCUGGUCUCAGUUUAGGUGGGUGGUCAUGUCUUUGACUGUAGUUCAGUCCACUUUCCAUGUUCAGAUGGACUUAUCAGAACGUAGAUGUUCAAAGCUUGGGAUGUUUUAGAACAGAACCCUGCUUCAAACUUCCCUGACAUGUCUGCUGUGUUCAUCGGUCUUCAUGAUGCUGUUUGUUCUCCAACAAACCCUCUGAGGCCUUCACGGAAUAGGGAUGGAUUUAUGAAAAACACAGGUUCACAGUAUUUACCAUUGGAUUUUAUUUAAGGGCAUCCAAGUAAAAGAAGGCUAAAGUCGAAUGCAUGCCACACGUUUCAGAAUGUUUGUAAUAAAAAAAAAAAAAGCAUAAUUUUCCUUUGAUUUCAUAAGUGGGCUCUACGAUCUGUUGGUCUGUCUCAUAAAAGCUUAAUACAUGAACGCUUGUGGCUGCAACGUGAUAAAUGGUGUGAAGGCAAGACUGGGUUUCUAGAUGAGCACCGGACCAGCUGAUACUUUGUGCUGGACUGUGGCAAGAACAGCCCUUUCUUCCCAGAGACAGUUUUAUUGCAAUAAAACAGCAGAACCAUCCCAGGUUCAGGUUUUUAUAUCUGUAACUUUUCAGUGUAUUUGGCAAAGCAAACAUCCUGUUGUUCUGGAAACUGGAAUAUAUUGGAAAGUUUAGUGGAAGGAAAAAAGAUACCACAAGCAAAAAUGGGAGGACUGAAGGCUGCUUUUAGCAAAGCCUUGCCUUCCUUAAUACAAAAGCUCUGAUUGGUUUAGUUAAACAUUUCAUAUUUUAGUUUACUUUGUAAAGAGUCUUGAGUUUCCCAUUUAAACUGCAUUACUGAAAUGAAAUUUGACUAUGUAUGGAAGAUGUUCAAACUCUGCCUGCAAACCACAGCUUCUCACUGUAUUAAAGUCUCUGCCAAAUAAAGGAAAAAAGUGAACUUUGUUGUGAACCUUUGACCUGUGGAGCUCUAUGGUUUAUCUGUGAAUAAAUGUAUUUUUGCAAAUCG